UCUCCAAGUACCGCUACAAUGGCCACCGAGGAGCAGAUCAAGCGUGCUCACCGGAAGAAGGUGCUGAAGCACCACCCGGACAAGAACGCUACCUCUAGCCGCGCAACCUCAACUUGCAAAUCGCCACACCGGUCCAUCUCCAACCCCGGCAAGACAGUGAAGUUACCUACAGACUGCGACGCCGAACUCAGAAACGGCGCGGCCUUUUACGAGUUCAUAAAAUCACUAACGGCAAACGCCAAAAACGAUCUGCUUACACUACGCAGCGCGCCACCGGGGUUGAAGGCCCGGCAUCGAAAACAUCUCUUUGGACAGAAGCGUUCCUCUGCCUUCGUCCUUCAUUGA